AUGAAAUUCGGUCACGUUAUUUUCCCAAAAUCUGAUCGGCAACAGCUAUUGAAGGAUUGGGACUUGUGGGGACCACUUUUUAUAUGUGUCGGUCUCUCACUCCUUCUUCAACAUAAUGCCCCUGAUGGAUCUGCUCCACAGUUUACACAAGUGUUUGCCAUCACAUUUUUCGGCUCAGUGAUUGUCACCAUAAACAUUAAAUUGCUGGGAGGCCAGAUAUCAUUUUUCCAAUCGUUGUAUGUUAUUGGAUACUGUCUGCUACCUCCAUUCGUAGCAGCAAUAGUGUGUUCUCUCCUUCUUCAUGGUCGUUUAUUCAUCCUCCGGCUACUAAUUACAGCUAUUGGGUUCUCAUGGUCAACCUACGGUUUGUAUUUUUCGUUUCUGUUUAUAUACUAA